UUUUAAAACUGAUCCACAUUUACUUGAUUUGGACUCUAUAAAUGAAAUCUGGAUUAGGUUGAGAUUCAGAACCAAAAUUCAGAAAUGUUCAGAUUAAGGAGCUGAUUUGGCUCAAUUCUACUUCAGUUACCACCUGAAGCCACAGCAAACUUAUGUUAAUGAGUUUCUGCCCCAAAUCCUGUAGGUUUUUCAUUGCCCACCCCAAAACCUACAGGGUGCUGUGAAAAACAAAGUAUAUUUUAGCUGUAAAGUAUAAGUAAACCAUGUUGCAUGUCCUGUUCUCUUUUCUGAUAUUCCAGAUCGAGAGAUUAUGUCUCUAGACCAGGACAUAGAAAGAGGGCCAGAAAGGCCUUGGGGGUGGUUGGACAGUUUUGUGUCUGAGGAAUUCUGCCUCUGAGUAUGGAGUCCUCCCCUUGAAUUCUCCAAUGGGCAAAAUCAGAUCCAAUACACAUUGAAAGAUUUUUUUAACACCUUCAACUACAGGACACAGCACUUCCUCAUUUUAAUCUUAUGUUACUAUAUCUGUACAUCUGUAUGCUUUUACUUUCAGCCUUUACAGCACCAAGUCCUGUGAGAUACCAUCGAGGAAUUUUCAUUUUAUUUGAAGGCACUAAUUAAAAAGAAAAAGAGGGUCAUAGGAAUAUCCCUGUCUGGUAGGAGAGAAGUGCAAACAACAUCUUUAGACAUCCAGAGAAUAAAAACUACUUUUACUUUUAAGACAUAUGACAUCAUAAUACACACUAUAGGCCAUGAUGAUAGAUGCUUCUGACAUCACAAAGAGACUCCUAGCAACUGUUUAAGCAUACAGAUGACAGCUGCGUCACAGGGACAGAUGUCUUUGACUGGUAAAGCAAGAGUAGCAUCUGUUGUAUCCUUCUAGUUCCUCAGUGUAAACUCUCCAGGAUCCUCUGUAGCUCAGGAUCUCCAGGCUUAGCUUGAAAGAACUCAGGUCCCAGAGACCAGAAGACAAAAGAAAGGUCCAAUACUUGGCUGAGAUCAUUUCAGAGGCAUUCUGACAGGAUGGGUGACUGGAAGAGCUACAUCAACACCAUCCUCAAGGACAAGAACAUUGAAGAUGUAGCUAUUGUGGGGCAUUCAGACAACAAGUCUGUGUGGGCUUCCAAGCCAGGAGGUGUGCUUGCUGCCAUCUCACCUCAGGAAGUGGGGGUGAUCACAGGUCAGGACAGGAAAACAUUCCUGCAGACUGGGAUUACAAUAGCUGGCAAGAAGUGCAGUGUGAUCCGUGACAACCUGUUGGUGGACAAAGAUGCUGUGAUGGAUGCCAGAACCAAAGGGGGGGACAGCAUGUCCAUCUGUAUUGGCAAGACCCCCAAAGCCUUAGUCUUCCUCAUGGGUAAAAAGGGAAUCCAUGGAGGAGCCCUUAACAAGAAGGUGCACGAGAUGAUUACAAGCAUGAAAAGCCAAGGUAGCUAAAGCAAGAGACACCAUCUUCCUGGGCAGAAAGUACAGUGAAAAUCUCAUUGCUUUAAAAGAAAGGGAAAAAAAUCCUGAUUUCACUUAACCAUUUCUUUGUCUCUUUUUUAGGGGUGGAGGAAGUUUGUUGUUUUACUAACAAUCUGCCUGUCUCUUUGGGAGAGGACUGAGCAAUAUUUACUGUUCCCAUAAGACUUAACAUUAACCCAGCUGUCUCUGAGCCAUCUUGACUGAGGGUUUAUCUUUUCCUUGACC